CUUUUGGGCGCCAAAGAAAGUCACAAAAAAGUACGAGCCUGAGAGACUGGCACUGGCACUGCACUGGCAUCCUGCGUCUUCACCUGCGUCUUGCAUUCCUCUUCACCGCCAACCCAGUUCAAUCUCCUUUCUCUCAAAGCCCCGUUGGACCUCGUUGUACAUUCGAUCGAGCAGACGACCUUUCUCAAUGCCAGACAUGGCCCGCUACGAUCCUUUUUCGCCAACGUUCGAUCAUCCGUUGCUCAAUUCAAGUCCUGACUACGGCUCGCGAAAUGGCACAUUCAGAAAUCGCCCGAUUGGGGCCGACCUGGGUGCGAUUGCUCCCCAGCUGUCGUUUCGAGAGCGCAAUAAACGCCUCCGCGGACUCGAAGAGGAGAAAAACCAAUUGAUCGAGGAUCUUUUACUUCAACUCGAGACUACCCAGAGCCAGCUUGACCGACUCCAGCUCGAUCACAGCAGGGAAGCUCAGUUUAAUCGAGAGGGUCAAAUACGCGAAAAUGCUUUACACGAGCAAUUACUGCAGGUUAAAACGAUAAUGGACCGAAGCCCUUAUAUCAUGGUUCUUCUCGACGGCGACGGCAUGAUAUUCACCAAAGACUUGUUAUGCAAAGGCGAGAAUGGGGGCAAAGAGGCGGCCAGCAAUAUUUCUUCCGCAGUCGACGCCUUUGUGGCCCAGCAUUUGCCUCAUCUGCGGUCGCCCAAUGUUGUCACAAGAAUAUACGCCAACGUCAAGUCACUCUCUGAGACACUGAGCAAGCUGAAAAUCAUUGAGCGGACUUCGCUUCUCGACGAAUUUGCACGAGGUCUCAACAGUGCUGAACUGUCGUUUGAUUUUGUGGAUGCUGGAUCUCGCUCGAAGGAAAAAGUGCGGGAUCAGUUUAACUCGCAUCUUUACAAUUGCCACUGUCACCAGAUCAUUCUGGGCUGCUCCAGCGACAGUCACUACACGAAUCUGCUUGAAGAGACUGCACAAGAUGCGACAGUUUUGGACCACGUCACAAUUCUCGAGAGUGUGCCGUUCGACAAAGAUUUUCUGGCCCUCAAAGACCACUUUAAGACGUUAAAAAUGGAAAAUGUGUUCCGAAACACCAAACUCGGACCUUGUCCGAUGCCCAAAGGUCCAUUACAGGCUGUUACUGCAACUCUUCCGGCGUUGUCUCGAGUCGAGUCCAAUGGUACAAGCGGGACCGCUUCGGGCUCGAGUACACCAGCGAUGACCUGGGCGACGAUGACUGCCCAACCUUUCAUCCCGUCAGCUCCUGCCUCCAAAGCCAGCACGACCCGCACGUCUACUCCGACAUCGAUGAGAAGCCCUGAGGCAGUGGUAUCCAAACCAGUCACCAAAGGUAUCGAACGGAACCGGUACGGCCAGCGGGUGGAUAAGGUCGAUUCGUCCAUCCCCAACCACGAGAUCCAACGGAUCAAGAAGCUCAAGCUCUGCAAUAUCUUCUAUCUUCAAGGACCGUCGUUCUGCACUUCGAACAACUGCUCCCAUUCACAUACGUAUCCGCUCUCCAAGGGCGAGCGCAGUGUUCUGCGCGAAGUGGCGCGCAUGACUCCCUGUUAUUACAAGCUGGACUGUUCCGACCCAGAAUGUAUCUACGGCCACCGUUGUCCGCAAAACAAGCCCGACGAGAACGGAUGUUGGUACGGCGAAGACUGUCGAUUCUACGGCUGGGGUCAUGCCAUCGACACCCGUGUGGUCAAGACGACAAAGGUCUGAGACUCCGUCCAGGCUGACGUAGUGGUCGAUGGACAGGUGCUGUGCAAUUGAUACUUUCGGGGCUUGUCACAUCUCGGGCGCCACGAUGGAGGGAUCGAGGACAUAGUAAUGACGGUCUUUCGGUGGGCAGAAAGCACAGAUUUGCAUUUUGCUUGGUGGAAGAAUGGUGCAUCGGACCUCGAGGCGGCAAUCCACCAGUGUUCAAAUAAUACAAAAUGAUACCCAAGUUUUUUUCUCUUCAACGUGAUGCCAGCAUGGUCUGGCUGCUUCAAAGGAACCCAGAAAUUAGAUACUAUUGCAGGACAUCAGCCCGAUAGUGAUACCUCCGAAUAGUAGAUGGAUUCGGAGUGUCUAAUCCUCGUCUACGUAAAUGGCACAGUGGGCUAGAGGUUGCUCUUGCAGGUCAAUAAAAGCAGGCUUUUCC